UCUCUUCGAAUACAAAUCUUCUGCGCCCCAAUAAAACCCAAAACCCUAAAAAAAUCGAAGUUUCUCUCUUCCCCAGCGAACCCCAAUGGCGGACCGGAAACCUGCGAUCUCAGUUGAGAGCGUGAAAGCAUUCUUGAAAUCCGAGUACCAUGACGAGGAUAAGUGGGCCCACAACAUGAAAUUGCUGCGAGCGGUGGGACUGUUUGCUGGAUCAAUUUUGCUGAUGAGAAAUUAUGGUCACCUGAUGGCAGUGUGAGGGGUACCUGAUGCCAUCAAAUUUUCUGUUUUAAUUUCUUACAUGCAAGUUCCUUAGAUUUCUUUACAUGGGGUUGUCCUUUCGCACUUUUCAGUUGUGAUAAUGAAGAGUUCAAUUCUGAUUUUAUAACA